CAAGUUGAAUGGUGGAAGGACCUACUGCACUACUGGGCAACUGAUUCGAGUUUUUUGAAACGAAGUGAAAAUGGGAAGGUUGCUAGAGCCUCAGUGAAGGGUGGAUCGCUGCACACUAGUGGCGCCACGAGUCAAGUGGACUUGAUGAAACGACUGGAGCUCCAGAGGGGUCAGGCAGUACCUCAAGAUGAGAUCUUCAAGAUUACUCACAAGAGGAAGGAGAAGAACGCCGAUGGUACAGACCGAUGGGUUGAGCCAAGGGCUGAGCGAACUUGGAACGAAUUUCAACAACACUUUGGGGAGUUUCGAGCCACUCAGCCAAGUACCACGCAGAUGACCGAUGAGUUAAUACGAAAGAACAAUGGAUUGAGAAGGUUGCUCCCCCAACAAGGCAUGGGACAGUUUAUGGGAUGCCUAAUCGAGCCUUUCGUCGAUACCCGUCGGCCCUUGAAGCCGUAGGUGUUACUGAUGAUGGGACGGUUGAUCCUAAGGAGUAUGAAGCUAUGAAGCAUCAAGUUGACCUGCUAACAAGAACACUUAAUUCCUCGGAGGCCAGGAUGUUGGGUAUGGAAGCCCAGAUUAAUAGCUUACUUAAUUCGCGGUCGUUUCCGAUUCCCCCGUGUCCUGGGGAUGCUCGUAGGUCACAGCCUCCUAGCCAACCCCGACCUUCCCAAGGUAGACGACGUUGGUCGCAAGCUGACAUAAAUCAUGCUCUUGUCGAUGAGUCUAGUGGGGAGGAUACGGAUCAUGUCUCUAACACCGAACAUUGACCUUUUUGAUUAAUGUGCUUUUGGAUUCUAAUUCUGCUAUGUUUAAAUGGAUAUGUAUAUUAUGUUUAAGGGUUUGAAUGUGGUUUUA